GCUUGAUGACCACAAUUAUGGAAACAGUAUAAUUUUUCUUCCCAGCACAAAAAGCAUGAAAAAGGGCGGCUGCUCUGUAUUUUUUACCCCUUUCAUUUCAUUCACAUCCCAAGAAAAGGGCAACAUUGAAACAAAGAAAAGUUAAAAUUGAAAACAGGGAUGAAAUUGAAAUGAAUAACCUCUCAAAUGCAGCUGCCAUUUCCAAAACCCAAAACCACCACCACUUCCUCGAUUGUUGCAGGCCCAUACCACCAGUAGUACUAUACAUUCUGGCUUUACUUUUCUUGGCAGGGCUUGGGGUCUCCAUUUUCAUACUUGUUGUGGUACAUAAUGCCCUCUUCUUCAUAAUCAUCCUUUUUCUUUCAGUCUUUGUCGCCGGGUUCUUGCUCUGGAAUUCACUGAACUUCACUAGAAACGCUGCCGUUUUGUUCUUGCUCCGCUCUUUCCCGGAUUCUGACCUCAGCCUCGCCUCUCAUGGCCAGCUAGUCAAGAUUACUGGGCUUGUCUCCUGUGGGAGUGUCUCUUUGGAAUCUUCAUAUGAGAGAGUUGCCCAAUGCGUUUACACAUCUACCUUGUUGUAUGAGUUUGGAGAGCCCGGUUUGAAGCCCUCUGAUGUCAAGAACUCGUGCUUUAACUGGAGACUGACAUAUGCUGAGAGAUUUUCAACUGAUUUCUACAUAACUGACAGUAAGUCUGGCAUCAGGGCCCUGGUGAAAGCUGGUCCUGAUUGUAAAGUUAAUGCUUUGAUCAUUGAGAGGAAACUUGUCAAAACAACCCAAAAUGGCAGAGUUUUAUCUUCUCACUUAAGGAAAUGGUUGAGAGACAGAAACCUUCCCGCUGAAGCUCGUGUACUACGUCUAGAAGAAGGAUACAUAAAGGAAGGCAGCUCUGUGAGUGUUCUUGGUCUUUUGCAUAGGAACAAUGACGUAGCAAUGAUCGUUCAGCCUCAGGAUGUAAUUUCUACUGGAUGUCUAUGGCAAAAAUUGCUGCUUCCAGUCGAUGUUGAUGGACUAGUCAUUGGGUUCCCCGAAGGGGCUGAUCCCUUGACCCUCACAAACUCUACGCCCUGCCAAGAAUAGUGAUUUUUAACGGCAUAGGAACUAUUAGGGUGUGACUUUAGUCAUUACUGUUGUUAAGAUUCAUUCUCCCUCAUCUGUAAAGUAACAUGUGGUGGAAAAGUUUUGUUUUGUGGCAAACCAAAUCCUGUAGUGUAUGAUGAAAGUCUAGUUGUAAUUGAAAUUCGACUUCCUGAAGUAUUUUCCACUAGUUAAAUCCACUGGAAUUUUUUACUUCUAGUUCAA